AUGUUGCGAAGCUCGUUAGGGCUCCUGCGAACGUAUGCAACCAGAACUGAACUAUCGAAGAUAAGAAACAUUGGCAUCAUUGCGCACAUUGAUGCGGGCAAAACAACAACUACCGAAAGAAUGCUGUACUACUCUGGCAAAAUCAAUAGAAUUGGCAAUGUGGACCAGGGCGAUACUAUAACCGACUUUUUGCCCCAGGAAAAGUCAAGAGGGAUAACAAUUCAAAGUGCAGCGAUUUCAUUUAAGUGGCAGAAGGAAUUCAAGAUAAAUCUAAUUGACACACCCGGCCAUGCAGAUUUUACCUUUGAAGUUAUUCGAGCGCUGAAAGUUUUGGACGGAUGCGUUACGAUAUUAGAUGCUGUUGCCGGUGUCGAGGCACAAACGGAGAAAGUUUGGAGACAAUCGAAGACCUUACCUAAAAUUUGCUUUAUCAAUAAGAUGGACAGAAUGGGCGCUGGAUACAGCCGUACAGUGAAAGAGUUGAUUGUCAAAAUGAAAACUCGUGUAGCUCUAAUUAACGCUCCAUUUUUCAAGCAUGAUCCUAAAACUCAAGAACAGAUUUUUGAAGGAGUUAUUGAUGUAGUAAAUAUGAAAACCUUGAAAUGGUCUCUUGAAGAUCCCGACAAGAUUGAAGUUUCAGAUAUCGAAAAGUCGAAUGAACAAAUUUUUGAACAAUUGACGAGUUGUAGAGCUUCAUUAAUUGAGACUCUAGGCGAAUAUGACGAGGAAUUGGUGGAGCACUUUUUAGAUGAGGCAGAAGGUGACUAUUUGAAGAUACCAGCCGCAUUUCUUAAGGGCUCGAUAAGAAAAGCAACAUUGAAUCGCUUUGUGACACCAAUUUUAUGUGGUGCAUCUUUCAAAAAUAUAGGCGUUCAACCAUUGCUGGAUGCAAUCGUGGACUAUCUACCAUCACCUAUUGAAGUCCCGUAUCCUGAAUUAAAUGACUCAAAUCUGCCUAUCACAAUUGAUUCAAAAAAUGGGGCGUUGAUAAAUAGAAACAGAAAUUUGUGUGUCUCAUUGGCAUUCAAAGUGAUAACAGAUCCCAUACGAGGCAUUAUGGUAUUCAUACGAGUAUACUCAGGAAUACUGAAUAGCGGAAGUACCGUCUUUAAUUCCACAACAGGCGAAAAAUUCAAAAUUGGUAAACUGGUUCUCAUGCAUGCAGAUGUACAUGAAGAAGUGAAUUCUCUGCACACUGGCGAGAUCGGCGUGAUGACGGGUUCAUCAAUUGCUCAAAGGAUCUCUACAGGUGAUACGGUCAUCAGUCAUUCUCUAAAAAAAGAUGGAUUAAAAUCUCUAGAUAGGAAAAAAGAACUUCCACUGAAGAUAAACCCUAUUACAGUGCCGCCUCCGGUUUUCAGUGUAACUAUAGAGCCGAGAACAUUGGGCAACAGAUCUUCAAUGGAAGAUUCACUAAACACGUUAGUUACAGAAGACCCUAGUUUGCAGAUUACUAAAGAUGAAGAGACAGGUCAGACAAUAUUGAGUGGAAUGGGAGAACUACAUCUGGAGAUUGCUAAAUACAAACUGAUAAAUGAACUACAUGCAGCAGUUGAAAUCGGUAAAGUGAGAGUUUCCAAUAAAGAAACACUUAUGGAAAGCACAUCUUCUAAUACCAUAUCAACUGAUGCGGGCCUUAGAUUUACUAUAUCCGUAAUCCCUAUUUCCGAACGACCACCAUUGCCAAAUGAAAAUUGGAUCUCCUUAGGGAGUGAUAAUAAUUAUCUGAUCAUGGAACAGCAUGAAAUCUAUGAUCCGGUGAAAAAUUGGAAGUUUCAAAUGCCUUACGGGGCCUUAGUUAAUGCUUUAACAUCCAGUUCGAUCGUGGCAUUGUAUAAAGGAGGAAAAGUAGCGGGAUAUCCGCUAUACGACUGUGCUGUUAAAGUGCAUGGAAAUUGGGAAUUGCCAUUAGACAUUCAGAAUCCAACGGAGAUUCUUUCAUUAUCGAGGAGUCUGGUGUUAAAGGUGCUCUCAUCCUUGGAAGAGACCAAUUUUGCUGUACUGGAACCGGUAAUGAGCCUGGAGGUAAUUGUGGCGCAAAAGGAUAUGGGCGCUGUACUUCAAGACUUGACGGGCGCCCGUGAUGCCAAUAUUUUAUCUAUAGAUGACGAACACGAAUUGAACGGAAGUGCUACUGGUGAUUCCAAUAUUGAGUUUUUAAGCGUAGCUCAGAACCAAUUUCUACCUCCUGAUAUGACAAUGAAGAUUGCUGAGCUUGGUAAUGAAGGUGGACACAUGAAGGUCAUCAGAGCACGAGUGCCCUUGAAAAGCAUGGUUGCAUACACUAACAAAUUCAGAAGCUUGACGCAGGGAAGAGGUUCUUUCCACAUGGCUUAUUACGGAAUGGGAAAAGUUGGCAAUGACUAA